AUGCCGAAAAGCGAACAAUCUGAUUCAGCCACACCAAAUCCUCAAACAGCGGCAGCUAUGGAACAACCUGCUGAAGAAUCAUCAAAUAGGCUUCCAUCAUAUGUCUUCGCUAGAACAACCACUGCAGGUCCUACGGACUGGAGCAUGUGUUCCAGUGAAUCAUUGUUUAGUAUUCAAAUGGGGAACAUGAGUUACACAAGGGAGCAACUGAAUUGGAUGUCGAAAUCGGGCGAGCAUAAUUACAGUCACAAUCUCACACCACCAGAAACUCCGGAUAAUAAUCAGAUAACAGCCGAAAUUACUGAGCAACGAAGUGACUCAAAGGAGGGCAGCAAUGGAGUUAUCGAAGCAAAUGCGGCUGAAACAAUGGAGAAAGAAUCUCAACAUAAGGACAAUGUUCCUCAAGACCUACCUCAUUCCACUAGUGUGUCCCGAAAUUCGGACGCAAGUCUCAAAUCCUUUGCCUUCCCUAUAUUGACAGGGGAAGCAGAUAAAAAUGGAACAGAGGCGCCAUGUACAAAGAACAAAAACCAACCAUCACUGCCCUCCACCCCUGAAACAAUCCCUGAGAUACCAUCAGAAACAGCUAGUAAACAACAGACACCGCCUGAGAGCCCUAAGGUAGAAGCAGAGAGCCCUAAAGAAGCCUCAGAAAGCCCUAAGGAAACCCCAAAGUCUCCGGCACCUAAUGCACCCAAAAGCGGAGGUCCAAGAAAAUGGUUCGGAUGCUUCUCUUGUUGCUCUUCGGGUUCUUGA